AUGCCCGAAUUCAGCGACACCCCACCAGCUGCACAUCAAAUUUCCCUGCUCCUGCACACAGCGGUCGACUUCGGCCUCAAUUCAGGCGUCGGUAUUGGUAUUAUUCAAAGCACGGCGCCAGCGCGCAGUAAAAUCAGGCGAAAAUGCACUGCCACACGCAUCAAGGUGCAGAGUAUCAUGGUGCUCUGCAGUUUGCCAGCGGUGGUUGAACUGAUUAAACAUCACCAAGCUCACGGUCCUAAUAGUCUCGAAUCAGUGGUCAGCAAGGAGGACCGCUCGAUGAUCAGAAGAGUCCUGGCGACUGUAAGGCGACUGUCGAGAUACGAUGUUCAAGUCUCAAUCGUAGAAAAUGGGGCAGAAGGCGACAUUGGGAAAGCAACGAGAGCAAAGAUGAUAGCCAGCCACAGGAAGAAGAGGCUGCUUCGUCGCCGUCGUCACGAACGACGAAUCAUGUCAAAAAAAUGCCGAGAUGGCGGAUGA